AUGACUCUCUCACGAAUACCGUCCCACCGGUCCAACCGAAGCUGGCGCUCCAGAAAAAGCACCCACUCGCUUUCCAAUUCCCACUCCCAGUCCCAUUCGCACAUAAAUGGACAUCCCGAACAUCACCCACCACUCACCAAAACAAAGUCCCGUGAGGCCGCUUCAGCAAAGGCCAACAAUCAUGCACCUGCAGGGAACCGUGACGAUGAGCCCGAUCCACUGUUGGGAUUUGAGAACCACCUUUCCCCGCAACAGUCCGAAGCACUGCAGAGCCUCAAGGCGGAGUUGAUAGAGAAGAAGCUCUAUACGGAAGCGCAUGGUGAAAAUCCCGCCAGCCACGAUGAUUCUACUUUGCUGCGAUACCUUCGUGCACGUAAAUUCGAUGCGCCCGCGGCCGUUGCCCAGUUCCAAGCGACAGAAGAAUGGCGCAAGACGAACCAAAUCGAUGAGUUAUAUAAAAACUUCGAUAUCGAUGCUUAUGAUGAAGCACGGAAAAUGUACCCGCAAUGGAUCGGCCGCCGCGACCGUCGCGGAAUCCCCAUCUUUGUCUACGUGAUCAAGGACCUAAACAGCAAAAAUAUGACCGCCUACUCAUCCUCUAUCUCGUCGGGAAAGACAGCCGCAACACACGAAUCUUCCACGGUGCCCGCAAGGCUCCUCCGUCUUUUCGCGUUGUACGAAAACAAGAGCCGGUUUGUGAUGCCCCUGUGCAGCGCUCUGGAUCGGCCGAAUCCGGAGUCCCCGAUCGUGAAUACGGUGAAUAUUGUAGAUAUUGAGGGCGUGGGGUUGAAGCAGUUUUGGAAUUUGAAGGGACACAUGCAGGAUGCGGGUGCGUUGGCGACGGCGUAUUAUCCCGAGACUUUGGAUAGAAUAUUUAUAAUCGGCGCCCCUGUUUUCUUCCCCACCGUCUGGGGUUGGAUAAAACGGUGGUUCGAUCCAGUAACAACAUCAAAGAUCUUCAUCCUCUCCGCAUCCGAAGUAAACUCCACCCUCCGCAAUUUCAUGGAGCCCUGCAACAUCCCAAAAAAGUAUGGCGGCGAGCUGGAAUGGAAUUGGGGCGACAUGCCAUCCCUGGAUGAACAGGCGAAGGAGCUCGUAGGCGCUCUGGCACAGAUUGGGCAGAGGGGGGAUAAAGAUAUUCCUGCCACCAAUGACACCGCUUUGGGUGAUACGAGGGAGGGAUUUUACAGGGGUCCUGUGGUAUGGAAUGGGGAGACGGUGGAGGUUUUUGGGAGUGUCGAUGGGGUUGAGCGGAGGAGGACGAUUGUCAUUCCGCGGAAAAAGCGUGUUGAUGGCAAUGGCGGUGCUAGUGCUGGAGCUGGUGACGCAGAGAAAGAAAUAGAAACAGUGGUGAAUACGGUGGAGAGGGUGGAUUCAAUCACCAAGGGGCUUUCGGCUGUGAGCAUGGACAAUGAAAAAGUUCCUGAGCCAGCAUUUGAUGAUAAAGCUGCACAGGUUACUGCAACGGUAUGA